UUAUACUAUAAAGUAGUGGUUGUAGUAGUAGUAAUUGUGCUGAACCUCCAGUCCGGAAUCAAACAAGCGAAGGCAGUCGUAUCGUAUCGUAUCGUAUCGUAUCGUGUCCAAUCCUCGUCCAGUGGUGCUGUGCUUCGUAAUUAGGUGUAGGGAAGUAGGGAGUCGUGAACCGUAAACUAAUAUACAAGUCGUGGAUGUGGAUUUUGAGUCAAGUGCGAAAGAACAAUUAUGAAUCGAGAAUCCAACCCCAGCGAGUCCCGACAUCCCUCCCCCUUUUAUGUUGCAUCUUGUGUAUCGUGACGAGGAGGACGCUGAUGAUGUCGAUGCGUGUAGUUCGCAGCGCUAUCCACCUACGUCAUGCGCUACGAGCGUUGUGCUGCCGGAGGCUGGGCUACGCCAGUUCGACCUGUAAGCCCUACGCGUCACAUCGGGGGGAGGUGGGCUGCAGGGAUCUUCUUAGUGCUAGUGUCUGUGACAUCGUCGCGGUCCUGCAGGGUGAGUGAGUGGUGGAGAGGGCACGGAGACAGGAACAUACUGCAUUACAGGGUACGGGGUGAAGGAAGAAGGGCUGGAGUGCAGUGGAGUGGAGAGGGUACUGUCC